GGCGCAACGAGGAGGCUGCCAAGAGCCUCUCGCUCGCGCUCGGGCGCGAGGGAGGAGGCUCGCGCGGACGCCGCUUCGAGACGCUCUCCGGCCUGUUCAUCAAGGCUGCCGUCGCUGCGCCACACUGCGCACUUGUGCCGCUCCAGGCCUACCUGCCACCGGAGCAGCCCGACGCGUGCGGCUCAUCACACUCCCGCAACUCCCGAGGGCCCCUGAGCACCCGGCGGGACCAGGAGGCCGGCGGUGCUCUCGCGCCCGUCUUUCGGAUCGUGCUGCGGCCCCGCAGCCCACCUUGGCCGAUGCGCCUCGUGAUCCCACGCAAGACUGACACGUGGACGCUGGCCUUCUACUGCACACCUCGCCAGCCGGGCCCCGCGGCGUCAGAGGCGCCGCACGUCCUCUCGAACGCGAGCACCGCCGCGUGGCGUGGACUCGAGGAGGCGCUGCCGCCGGGGGUGAGCAGGAGCGACUUUGAGGUGCUCAGCGAGGGCUGGCAGCGAGAGGGGCGGGGACCCGAGGUCUUCUCGACGCUCGCGCGCGACGAGUGGCGCGAGCGGCACUCGGACCGCCGCACAAGUGAGCUGAGCCGGCAGCAGGCGGCGCGAGAGCUCGAGGAGUGGCUCUCGCAGCUAGGGUUGCUAGAGCUGGCGCCGCUCCUGCUGUCGGAGGGGGUCGACCUGGAGACAGUGCUUGAGGACACGGAUCUCAUCCGAAUGAACGUCGGCGCGCUGGGCACGCGGCGCAUGUUGCUGAACGCGCGCAGCACGGUCACACACUACAAGCAGCUGCGAGAGACCAUCGCGCGGCUUGAAGCCGAGGCAGCCAGGAAAGAGAGCGCACUAAGAGAGGCGCUGCUCCAAGCCAGGAGUGCCGCCGAGGGGGGUGACGCGGCUACCGCGCGAGCGUCAGAGCUCGCCGAGCAGCUGCGGGCAGAGAGGGAGCGCAGCGCCGGGCUACAGCUCGCUCUCGACGAGCAGGCCGAGUGCACGCUUGCGGAGGCCGCGCGGGGCGAGUCGUGGAGGGAGCACGCCCUCGCGUUUGCCCACGACUUGGAGGCGGUGCAGGAAAGGCAGCACGCCCUCGCCGAGGCGCAGCGCAGCAUCGCGGAGGAGAGCCAUCGCUCGAUUCAGUCGCUACUGCGAAGACAGAACGACUACUACCAGCGCGCUCACAAUCCGAGCAAACUCUUAGG